AUGUCAACAGAUACGGGCUCGUUACUAGAAAGCAUAUGUUUCUACAUCUUUGGGAUCGCCUGCCUCGCGCCGUGGAAUUUCUUCAUCACUCCCCAAACUUACUGGCAUGAAAAAUUCUCCGAUUCGGGAAAUGGUUUCUACUCGAGCAAUACAACUGAUUCGAAUGCGAUGCAGAAGUUUUGGGACUCGAGCUUAUCAGUCGCUAUUUGUGGCGUUCAAUUCGUUUUCUGCGUGAUUGGAACGUUCACAAUCACAAAAUUCAGUCGUCAAACUCGAUUUACUGUAUGCUUUGCUCUACUGGCGGUGCUGUUCUCAGCUUGCGCGACUCUUGCUCUGGUGGACACUUCAAAUUAUAAAGAACUUUUCUUCGGAGGUGCACUUGGGAUCGCUGUUUUGAUGACUAUUCUAAGUUCUACGCUGAAUAUUUCAUGCUCUGUGGAAGCUUCGGAGUUCCAUCUGCUGACACCGUUUCUAUCCGGCCAAUCUGUGGCCGGAAUUCUCGCCGCAAUCGCCAAUAUUCUGUGCAUCGCCUUUGCUGACCAAAUCGAGUGGGAAGCAUUUGCAUUUUUUCUCUCCGCACUGUUGCUGAUUUUGCUCGCCUGGGGCGCGUAUGGCUUCGUCUUUGGCUGCUGCGAGAGGUCGAUUUCGGAUUAUGAUCAAAUUGAUUAUAAUGAGAAUGAAAUCGACUCGCCGGAAAAUCAACCCCUUCUUCUGCCAAACGAUGAAAAAGCACAGCCAGAGAGUCACAUUGAAAUCGCCAAAUUGAUUUGGGUCGAGCUUGCUUCCUUGACUUUGACUUUUGCCGUCACCAUCGCUGUUUUCCCGACUCUGGUGUCAAUGUACAACCCAACUGGCUCGUAUAUUCCAGACAAAUUCUUCAGUCCUGUCUUCUGUUUCCUGAGCUUCAACCUUUUCGACUUCAUCGGGCGAGAAGUUGCCGGCCAUUUGAGAUCUCUGAAUAAUAGAAAACUUCUUGGAGCAAUUGUUGCUUUAAGAUUUGUGAUUUUAUUUCUGCUGCCGUUGACGAAUUGCCAGCCGAGGAAGCUGCCAGUCGUCUUUACUUCUGACUGGAUUUUCAUAGUGCUAAUGAUUCUCCUCGGUUUGACAAACGGUCUUGCCGCAACCAUCUCAUUCCGCUCUGGCGCAAAUUCCGUCGCCUUCGCCUCAACCAGUCGAGCUUCAGCAAUGAUGACGACUUUCCUUACCCUAGGACUGACUCUCGGAGCGUUGAGUAGUUUUCUGGUCCUUGCUCCUUCAAUCGUAGCAGCAACUGUACGAGGUCAGGCUCCAAGACCUCCAGGAUCAUGGGUCAACUGGAAAAAUUGCCCGGCUAUCGAGGAGCUGGAGGGAAUGAAUUUGAACUGCAAGGGUCGAUCUUGCAAACUGACUUGCGAUAAGGGUUACACUAUCAAGGGAAGAAAGUCUGUAGGCUGCCGAGUUGGAGAUGAUGGCGAAUUCUUUUGGAGUAAAAAGAUCGGGAAAUGCAUCACGUGUCCUGAUUUCCCUGAAUCAAGGUUGCCGGAAGACUUGAAAGUCGUAUACGGUGUUAAUCCAAAAGGUCUCAAGCAUGUGUCGUUCAAAUGCGAAGACAAUGCAAACAUUGCGAUUCUAACUGACAUUCCGCCGCUGGAAAUUGAUCAGAUUUCUGCAACAUGCCGAUGCAAUAGAAAACGAUGUCGGUACUUUUCCUGGGCGGUUGGGCGAUAUGUUCUUCCGAGAGAAGUUUCUACUUGGUUCUGUAUGCCGCAGACUUCGACGACAGCCAUGUCGACGACUACAGAUGUGAAUGGAAACGCGACUUGGGCAGAUACAGAUUUCAAAGAGCUCAAGAAUCAUAUUGACCCGAAUCUAAAGACCUGCUCCUCGGCAGAAAAUGGGUUCUCAAUUGACGAGCGAAUCGUCAACGGAGCAUCAGCAAAUAUCUCCGACUGGUCCUGGAUCGCCAAUUUGGACCUCUACAGUGGACACCUCUGCGGCGGAAGUGCCAUCAACGAUCAAUGGAUUCUGACAGCCGCCCAUUGUUGCGCUCAUGGUGAUGGUUUUCAGAGGACAAUUACCGCAUCUUUCUUCAACCAUGACUAUUCUUAUCCUGAAGGAUCAUUUGAAAUUCCCAUUGCUCGAAUCUUCAAUCAUCCGGAAUACGAUCCUGAAAAUGGAAAGCCAAAUAUGGAUUUCUGCUUGCUCAAGCUUGAUUCGCCAAUUAGCACCCAUGAAACAACAAUGAAGGUUCAGUUCCCUUGCUUUCCCGCCUCAGCUGAUAUUCCUCACGGAGAAAACUGCUGGGUCGCCGGGUGGGGAACUCUUGACUACGGAGGCGAGCUCGCUUACGACCUCCAAUCUAUCGGUGUUCAUGCGAUGAACCAGGACUACUGCAAGGCAAAAACUCAGGACGACCAUGGUGAUGGAAAUCUUUUUCCGGACGACAUCUGCGCUGGAAAUGCUCUUGACGAGAACGAUGAUGGUCUCGUUGAUGGCGGAGUCGAUUCUUGCCAAGGUGAUUCUGGUGGACCACUGAUCUGUCCGAUAAAUGGAACGGCGACUCUUCUCGGAGUCGUGUCACGAGGAUUCAAAUGUGCUGCGCCUGGUUAUCCGGGAAUCUACUCAAAUGUUCAUUUUGCUCUCGAUUGGAUUGAAGAGAUCAUAGAAGAGAAUGAGUCCUCUGCUCCACCUUUUUGA